UCAUGUUUUUGUUUUGCUUCAGUUCAUUUAAGAUGCAAAGAUCACAGUCAUAUGAAUCCAGCUGUGUGUCCAUGAAGAGUGACCGGUCAAUGGAUCCUCCACGUAACUUCAGUGGACACACUGAUCCUGGCUUUAGACCAGAUCCUCCAGACCCCAGCUGUGUGUCCAUGAAGAGUGACUGGUCAAUGGAUCCUCCACGCAACUUCAGCGGACACACUGAUCUUGGGUUUAGACGGGACCCUCCAGGAUCCAGCUGUGUGUCCAUGAAGAGUGACUGGUCAAUGGAUCCUCCACGUAACUUCAGUGGACACACUGAUCCUGGCUUUAGACGGGACCCUCCAGACCCCAGCUGUGUGUCCAUGAAGAGUGACUGGUCAAUGGAUCCUCCAGUUAACUUUAGUGGACACACUGAUCCUGGGUUUAGACCAGAUCCUCCAGACCCCAGCUGUGUGUCCAUGAAGAGUGACUGGUCAAUGGAUCCUCCACGUAACUUUAGUGGACACACUGAUCCUGGGUUUAGACGGGACCCUCCAGACCCCAGCUGUGUGUCCAUGAAGAGUGACUGGUCAAUGGAUCCUCCACGUAACUUUAGUGGACACACUGAUCCUGGGUUUAGACCAGAUCCUCCAGACCCCAGCUGUGUGUCCAUGAAGAGUGACUGGUCAAUGGAUCCUCCACGUAACUUUAGUGGACACACUGAUCCUGGCUUUAGCAGUAGCCCUCAAUAUACUGAAGCCCUCAAGACCUUUAGAUCAAAUUUGAGGAAGAAGUUUCAGUGUCUUUAUGAGGGAACAGCAAAGCAGGGAAACCCAACACUGCUGAAUGAGAUCUUCACUGAUCUCUACAUCACAGAGAGUGAUUGUGGAGAGAUCAAUAAUGAGCAUGAGGUGAGACAGAUUGAGACUCAAUCCAGGAGAGCAGCAACAGAGGACACACCGAUCAAAUACACAGAUAUCUUUAGACCUUUACCUGGACAAGACAAACCCAUCAGAACUGUGCUGACAAAAGGAGUCGCUGGCAUUGGAAAAACAGUCUCUGUGCAGAAGUUCAUCCUGGACUGGGCCGAAGGGACGGAGAAUCAGGAGAUCCAGCUCAUGUUUCCACUUCCUUUCAGAGAGCUCAACUUAAUGAAGGACAAAACACUCAGUCUUUCAGAGCUUCUUCAUAUCUUUUUCCCUGAGACAACAGAAAUGAAACCAUUCAGUGAUGAAAGUAAAGUUGUCUUUGUUUUUGAUGGUCUGGACGAGUGUCGUCUGUCUCUGGAUUUUAAUGUGAAACUGUGUAAUAUAUCUGAAUCCGCCUCAGUGGACGUGCUGCUGACGAACCUCAUUGCAGGGAAUCUGCUUCCCUCGUCUCUCAUCUGGAUCACCUCCAGACCAGCAGCAGCCGAUCUCGUCCCCUCUGAGUGUGUGCAUCGAGUGACUGAGGUACGAGGAUUCAAUGAUCCACAGAAGGAGGAAUACUUCAGGAAGAGAAUCAGUGAUCAGAGUCUGGCCGAUAAAAUCAUCACACACCUGAAGUCAUCAAGGAGCCUCUUCAUCAUGUGCCACAUCCCUGUGUUUUGCUGGAUCUCAGCCACUGUUUUAGAGAAGAUGUUGAGUAAUGCAGAGAGUGGAGCGAUUCCCAAGACUCUCACUCAAAUGUACACACACUUCCUGAUCAUUCAGACGAAUAUCAAACAUGAGAAGGACUAUGAGAAGAAAGUGAAGGAUGAAGACAUGAUCCUCAAACUGGGAAAACUGGCCUUUCAGCAGCUUGUGAAAGGCAAUCUGAUCUUCUAUGAGGAAGACCUGAGAGAGUGUGGCAUUGAUGAGACCGAAGCAUCAGUUUACUCAGGAUUGUGCACUCAGAUCUUCAGAGAGGAGUUGGGCUUGUAUCAGGGGAAAGUCUUCUGCUUUGUUCAUCUGAGCAUUCAGGAGCAUCUAGCAGCUCUUUAUGUGCUUCUUUCAUUCCUGCUGUACAAGAGGGAUGUGCUCGAUGAAAACCUCAGCUCAAAACAUGCACACAAGUUCACGUGUUACACGAUAUCUGACCUGCACCAGAGAGCCGUGGACAAGGCUCUGCAGAGUAGAAAUGGACAUCUGGAUCUUUUCCUGCGGUUUCUUCUGGGUCUCUCGCUGGAGUCCAAUCAGAAGCUCCUGAAAGGCCUUCUGACGCAUGUUAGAAACAUCUCGUACAAUGAAGAGAAAACAAUUGAAUACAUUAAAACGAGAAUAAGAAUGAAUCCCUCACCCGAGAAAUACAUCAAUCUGUUCCACUGUUUAAAUGAACUGCGUGAUCUUUCUCUCGUAAAUGAAAUCCAGGAGUGUCUCGGAUCUGGAGGUCUUUCAAGCACCAGAUUGUCCUCGUCACAGUGGUCAGCUGUUGUCUUUGUUUUAUUAACUUCCGAGUGUUUGGAUGAGUUUGAAUUAAGGAAAUACAUAAGCACCAAUCAAGGCCAAAACCACACAUCACCCAAUGAAGUACUUCAGAAGCUCUUGCCUGUAGUUGAAGCCUCCAGAUCAGCAAAGUUGUGUGGGUGUAAGAUCACAGAUGAAGGUUGUGCUGCUCUGGCUUCAGCUCUGAGAUUAAACUCACACCUCAGAGAACUGGAUCUGACUGGGAAUAUAAUAGGAGAUAAAGGUCUGAAGUUGCUCUCUGAUGGACUGAAGGAUCCUCACUGUAAACUGGAGAAACUGGAGUUGAGAUGGUGUGAGAUCACAGAUGAAGGUUGUGCUGCUCUGGUUUCAGCUCUGAGAUCAAACUCACACCUCAGAGAACUGAAUCUGUCUGCGAAUAUAAUAGGAGAUAAAGGUGUGAAGCUGCUCUCUGAUGGACUGAAGGAUCCUCACUGUAAACUGGAGAAACUGACGUUGAGAUGUUGUGAGAUCACAGAUGAAGGUUGUGCUGCUCUGACUUCAGCUCUGAGAUCAAACUCACACCUCAGAGAACUGGAUCUGACAUGGAAUAAAAUAGGAGAUGCAAGUGUGAAGAGUCUCUCUGCUUUAAAAGAUAAUCCACAUUAUAAACUGGAGACAUUGAGUGAUGAUGAAUUCUGGUGAAUAUGGAGCCACUAUAGAGACAUCAUCAUCAACACUGAAGUCACGUGACCUUUACUGGAUUUACUGUAUAUAAAUGUACAUUCAUUUUUUUGUAUAAUAUCUAAUAAAGUCUUCCUCUCAUUUAUAUAUUAGUGAAUUGGUGUUUUUUAUCAGCCGUCUCCGUGAAGUGAGCAGCUCAACACACUCACUACAUUAACAGUAAUGAACUUCAGAGCCGAGUUUCAUCUGUGUUUCGGGGAACUGGAUGUUUAAUCGGGUUUAAUGAUGAUGAUGCUUAUAAUGUCUUUGUCAAAAGUCUUCCUGAGAUUUGAUUGAAGCUCAUCUGAAGAGGA